AUGGCUGUAGAGGGCUUCCAAUUCAUAGCGCUUUAUGUCUAUAACAAAGACUGGGAGGAGGACCUUGACCUCAGGCCAGGGGACAUACUGACCGUCAGCAAGACGUCACUGACAUCCCUUGGGCUCAAAGAUGGGGACAAGGAGCACCCGGAGCGCCUGGGAUGGAUGGUGGGAGUCAACGAGCGCACCAAGCAGAGGGGAGACUUCCCUGGGACGUAUGUCCAGUAUGUGGGGCCUGUGAAGAUGUAUGUGGUGCCCAACCAGCCUCGGCAGCAGAGACCCGUCCCAGCAGCCCCCAGGCCUCAGCCUCCCCCAGCACAGCAAGGUAGGACACAGUGCCUUCAGAAUGUAUUCAUACCCCUUGACUUAUUCCACCAUUUUUUGUUACAGCCUGAAUUUUUGCCAAUGUAUUGAAAGUGAAAUACAUAAAUAUCUAAUUUACAUAACUAUUCACACCCCUGAGUCAAUACUUUGUAGAAGCACCUUUGGCAGCGGUUACGGCUAUGAGUCUUUCUGGGUAAGUCUCCACACCUGGAUUGUGCAACAUUUGCCCAUCAUGAUUUUAAAAAUUCUUCAAGCUCUGUCAAAUUGGUUGUUGAUCAUUGCUAGACAACCAUUUUCAGGUCUUGCCAUAGAUUUUCAAGUAGAUUUAAGUCAUAACUGUAACUCGGCCAUUCAGGAACAUUCACUGUCUUCUUGGUAAGCAACUCCAGUGUAGAUUCGGCCUUGUUUUAGGUUAUUGUCCUUUUUAAAGGUGAAUUCAUCUCCAAGUGUCUGUUGGAAAGCAGACUGAACCAGGUUUUCUUGUAGGAUUUUGCCUGUGCUUAGCUCCAUUCCAUUUCUUUUUUUAUCCUGAAACUCCCCAGUCCUUAAUGAUUACAGGCAUACCCAUAAUAUGAUGCAGCCACCACUAUGCUUGAAAAUAUGGAGAAUGGUCCACAGUAAUGUGUUGUAUUGGAUAUGCCCCAAACAUAACACUUUGUAUUCAGGACAAAAAAGUAUUGGGUUGCCAUUUUUUGCAGUAUUACUUUAGUGCCUUGUUGCAAACAGGAUGCAUGUAUUGGAAUAUUUUUUAUUCUGUACAGGCUUUCUUCUUUUCACUCUGUUAAUUAGGUUAGUAUUGUGGAAUAACUAAAAUGUUGUUGAUCCAUCCUCAGUUUUCUCCAAUCACAGCCAUUAAACUCUGUAACUGUUUUAAAGUCACCAUUGCCCUCAUGGUGAAAUAAUCCCUGAGCGGUUUCCUUCCUCUCCGGCAACCGAGUUAGGAAGGACGCCUGUAUCUUUGUAGGUGUAAUUCAUAACUUCACCAUGCUCAAAGGGAUAUUCAAUGCCUGUUUUAUUUUUUUUACCAAUCUACCAAUAGGUGCCCUUCUUUGCGAGGCAUUGGAAAACAUCCCUGGUCUUUGUGGUUGAAUCUGUGUUUGAAAUUCACUGCUUGACUAAGAGACCUUACAGAUAAAUGUGUGGGGUACAAAGAUGAGGUAGUCAUUUAAAAAAUAAUGUUAAACACUGUUAUUGCACACGGAGUGAGUCCAUGUGACUUGUUAAGCACAUUUUUACUCCGGAACUUAUUUAGGCUUGAAAUAACAAAGGGGUUGAAUAAUUAUUGACUAAAGACAUUUCAACUUUUCAUUUUUUCUUAAUAUGUAACAAUUUCGAAAAACAUAAUUCCACUUUGACAUUAUGGGGAAUUGUGUGUAGGCCAGUGACACAACAUUUAAAUUAAAUCCAUUUUAAAUUCAGGCUGUAACAACAAAAUGUGGAAAAAGUCAAGGGGUGUGAAUACUUUCUGAAGGCACUGUAUACACCACAGACUCCCAACUUUGGGGUUGUGUUUAAAUAUGAACACCCCAAGCAAGGUCAUAGAUUCAUUCAAACAGAAGUGUUCUGAAAAUAGUGUAAUGACAAAAAUUAUAAUGAUAAACUUCUGCAUACAAGAGUACAGUAAGUAGUAUGACAAGCUACAAACCCUGUCUACUUUUUUAACAUUCUAGAUUAUCCCCUUUUUUAAACUCUUUUUCAUCUGUGAUGUCCGCUUAUCAUUUACUUUUAUUAUUUAGCCAUCAUUCUUGUCUUAACACAGUAUCAGCCCACCUUCCAUUUCCCAUUGUACUUCAAUUUUCUGUCUGUUGCUCCCCUUCUGGAGGCAGUAAAUUGUGUUGCUUGCUUUGGGAGCUUGGACAAAGCACCAGGUCAGUCUGGAAAGGGAGCAGGUAGGGGAGCUUUCUGCUGAAGCAGCACAUUCCACUGGGGUCACGUGACGCUGCUUCAACAUUUGCCUUCUAUUCAUUCACUGUAGGGGGGCAGGUCAGCUCAGUUCCUCUCCAGACCACAGGCCUGCUAGGAGAAAUGGAAAUGGUACCCACAGCUGCCCAAGCAAUUCCGACCUGUUAGCCUUAGACAGAUUUACCCAUGUUCCCUCUCUUUGUUGCAGCCCUGCUACUCUUGCAUCUUGCAAACUUGUUUUCCUUUUUUCGUUCUGUGUCUAAAAUGCCACGGGUUGUGGAGUAGUUUUUCCUUCUCAUUAGUCAUUACUGACAAUUUGCUCUCAAGUGCAUAUGAAAAAAUGUAUGACACAAUUUGAUUGGGAGUUCAAUCAAAUUUAUACCUGACGUAUGUACACAACACAAUUAGUUACGCAAAAUGGCUUCCCUGCGUAGUUGCAUCGAGUUACACAGUUUGGGCUGUACACGUCUGUAUUCUUGUGACUUAGGCCUAUCUACUCAGGACAGACCUAAUUGUAUUCCUGCAUUGCAUACGUACUUCAGGUAUAAUACAUUGGCUUAAGGCAAACCCCUGUCAUCAAACUAAGGAUUGUUUUGAUAUUGUAGGUGGAUUGAGUGCAAUAUGAACUUGACAUGCAAUUUAGACCAACGUUUUUUAAGCCCAGGCGAACUACCUUCGUCCUUGAAAAAAAAGACUCACCCAUACUGUAUAAUUUUGUUUCCAGACAUGCUCUACAUUCUCAUUCUUUUAAUUGGGGAAUGUUACAGGCUUAUUUUACUGGCGGGACCUAUGUUAGUUAUAUUUAGUCUGUCUGCAGGAGACACAUACCAUUAAGUGCAGCCAAUGGACUAGUAUAGAUACCCAGCCUUGGGACAGGGAGUGACCACGGACCGUUCUACGAAUUGGGUUGAGCAGGCAGUGUGCACGGGAACACAGGAAGUGACACAGCCCAAAGGCUGGUGUCCAGGUUUCUUCAUUUUCUCCACAAUUCUUCUGUCCAACUAAGCAGCUGGAGAAGAACGAAACUGCUUAAAAUGGCCACCGCGAGGCCAGCAGAGACUUUGAGAGUUAAAUUGCUGAAAUGGGGAAAAAAAUGUUGAUUGCUCAACAACAUCCCUGGAACUCUACAACAAAGCAUUUAAGACUAAGGCAACUCAAUAUAAAAACGGAAGUUUUCAAGGUGGUAUAGACGUAGGCCUACUGCUUCGCAGGGCAUUUACAAAGAAAGGCUUUGCCAAGAUUUCCUAGGCAAGCAAUUAUUAGUUGGUUAUUUUCCCAAAAACCCAGGAUAACUUCAGGGCUACAGCUGCUUCUCCAAAGAAACUGUAUUAUUUUUGCCUGGCUACCCAUCUGCAUCGCUCCGGCCAAAUUCCACGCUCACUAACGUUUCUUCUCCAUGAGUCUGGAUUUGCUUACUCCCUGAGGACUUCUCGGAUGCGAGUACAUUCAAACCGUUCUGAUUGGUCAGAGAAACUGAUGGUUUGGGCCAGAGCUAGCCUACACGAAUCAUGAAUCACGACAUUUUGACGUCAGCACAAACAACUUCUAGGGUAGCAGCUUCAGACUGAUGUAUGGAACGAUUGAUAGAAAAGCAAAAUUAAAUUCAGGAUGAGUCGUCAGGCAAGUAUUCUUUUGUGCGAAACCCCCAAAUCUGGGCAACUUUGCGUGUAUGUGAGUGGUGAAGAAAAUAAAUAGAGACAUAGCCUAGGCUUAUUGGCUUUGAGGCAGAUGUACAGCAUAUGUAUGUCACUACUGAAGAAAAAACAAUCUGUACAAAAAGACUAACAAAAAAAGUUUUUACAUCUAGGGCUAUUAUUUCCUUCUGAUAAUGUGUUUAAUAGAUGUCCUAAUCUUUUGCCACUGUUAAGCUUGGGUCCAUUCUGCCCUAUCAUGCAAAUGUUGGGUUGAAUUAUGGCAGUAUUUUGUGUAGUGGCCAAUAGGCAUAUUUUCCGAUGGUAAAUGCAGUCCCUAGGGUAGGACUACUUCUUGAGUGGUGUUUUUGAUUGAGUCCUCUGUCUUUGAUAUUGUUCUGUGGAUGGUUUAUAUUUUAUUAUAUUAUUUGGCUUAUGAGUCCUCUGCUCACUGCUCAUUCCUGAACUUUACACACACACACACACACACACACAGUUCUUGAAAGCCAUUUCAUAUGCUAAUAGUAUUUGCAACAUAACCUUAUGUAGUCUAAUGCACUGUUUGUAGAACAUGCCAAUAUGUUUAUUUUAUAUUUAUUUUGUUUUUGGUUGUAUAUAUACUGUAUUGUACAGUAGCGACUUCAGCAAGACUGAAUUGAACAUGCAAUACUCAGCCACAGUACAGCAGCUAGGUUCCAGGGCAUUUGGGAAAGGCAACCCUCGGAAGAGUGAAGGCAGCAGAGAAGUGGGGGGAUGGGGCGGACGUUAUACAAGAGGGAAACCGAGAGCCAGGCAGCAAAGUUUCCAUGUUUAACGUGCAGCAGAGAGGGGGAAUGUGCUGACAUGGUACUUUCUGUGAACUCCAAAAUUAUCAGACGUGGUUUAAGCUUGCGCUGCCAGGAGGCACUGGGUGCCAAGCUUCUGCAGUGGGCCUGAAAAUGAGGCUCUGGCGCGCUGCCACCGGAGGUUUUGCCUGUUCAGGUUUUUUUUAAUUAAAUCCUUCAUUGUGCUACACUGAGACGCUUGGAAAACCCUCCUCGCGCAAAGGGCUGUGGUGAAACAGGGCCUUGCCAUGGAGGGGAGAGUGAAAUGACUGAAAGAAAAUGUAACUGGGUAUUUGUUGUGAAAAUAUAAACAUUUAUUUGAGGGUCUGUUGUAAUUUUGAUUGAGCUUUGUUUGGUUUCUUUGAUUGCAACAGAUUUGCUGUAAUAAUUAUUUUAAACAACAUCAAGGCCUAAUUGGUAUCCUAUCCUAUUUGUCUUCCAGGGACUUCAGCUCAUGAGUUUGUCCAGCCAUUUCCACCCCCAGAAAAUGUCCCCCCCCACUUUGGUGAAGUUGGUAGAGGCCAUUGAGAAAAAAGGUAAGAUGGCUGUGUGACAUCAGAACACGUUUGAAUUUGAGAUGUUUAGUACAAGUCAUUUGACAAGAUAAGCAGCGGCAUUGACCUGAAAAUAUGCCACAUAGUACUUUCGAUUUGGCAUGAAUGUAUCAGUGCUUUGGUAGAGGAUAUUUUAUGCAUAAUAUAUAAAUAAUAUAUGCCAUUUAGCAGACGCUUUUGUCCAAAGCGACUUACAGUCAUGUGUGCAUAAAUUUUUACGUAUGGGUGGUCCCGGGGAUCGAACCCACUACCCUGGCGUUACAAGCGCCAUGCUCUACCAAUUGAGCUACAGAGGACCACGCAUGACCCACCAUGCAUGACAUGUAUACAUAUAUUUACAGUAUUUAGCUUUGAUCAUGGUCCGCUUUGACCGCCAUGGUCUUCAAACAGUGUUAUUUAAAAGUGGUAUCUGCUGCUAGGGGAGACACACUGGCUUUGAUAGGAACUCUCCUGUGCCUUUCCUCAUUUGGCCAAAAGUCCGUCCUUGUUUUUAUCUCUUUACACAUUUAUUUUGGGAUCCACCCCUGUAAACGUAAUUUGCAUUUCAUACAAGCACAUUUUUCGUCCACGUUCCCUGAGAGGAUGCAGGAGUUGAGCAAAUCAAAUUGAGAAAAGGCCCUCCUCUCGCCGUCUGGACUUAGACCCUUCAGACUUAGCACUCCUAAAAGUGGCUUCUGGGCCUCCAGGUAGCAUGUGGAAGGCCAGGUUGGUGUUGAAACGUUCCAGUUAGCGUCUCGGCCAUGUAUUUUCAGCUCUGGGUGCUGUAUUUUGGAUGUUUAUACGUGUAACUAAUUGAUCCACUAAUAGAGGCAUGCCAGGAGAGAAGAGACUAUUUCAGAAGGGUGAGCUAACUGUGUGUGUGUCAAACUCUUGCAGGUUUGGAGUGUGAGACGCUGUAUAGGACGUCUGGCUUCUUGGCUGUUGGCGGUCAUAGACAGAGCCUGAAUUUCGGUAAGACCCUCUUCCUCUCUUGCACCUUAUGUUUGUGCAUGAAUGCAUUGUUCUUACAUUCAACUCUUGCUGAGCUAUACAAGUUGAUAUGGUCGGAUAGUCAUCCAUUCCAGUAGGAUAAAAAGGAAUUUACUCCGAACCCUGUGACUUCAAUGAUCUGUGGUGCUGUUCAUUCUAUAGCCUUGCCUAUUGAGUUCAGUUAGGAAAAUAAAUAGGACAAAUCCAUCUUAACUCAAGGGGGUGAUGGCCAUGCUGCCCUCGUGAUUCCUGGAGGAUACACUACAUGCUCUGUUUGUCUUUGCUCUAUUUCAACAGUGGGCCAUUAACACAGCCUUUGUUUGUGUAGAGAAAUAGGCCAGUCUGUUCAAACGGAUCAAAGAGACCCGGUUCUGCUAAAGACAAUCUUGCGUACGUGAUUGAAUGCAAUAGAGUGCACUUCAUUAUUUCACUUCUCUGUGAGCCCCGCUGUACUGAGGAGUGAGGACAGCCUCGGGAGUGUUAUUUUAACUCCGUGACCGAUUUGCAUUAAAUGCAAUAGAAUUGGCUCUAUGAGUUCAUGUUCUGCUUGUUAUUAUGUGCUUAUCUAUAAUAUGUCCAUAUAAAUGGCACUGUUUGUUUUGACUGGAGAACGUGAACACUUGUCUGUUUUUGUAUAGGCUGGGAAUUGCCAGGGACCUCACAAUACGAUGUAAUCACGAUACUUAGGUGCUAAUACGAUAUGUAUUGUGAUUCUCCCGAUUCUAUAUGUACUGCUAUUCGUUACUGCGAUUGUAUUUCGGUUUGACAUUCCAAACAUAUUGCUCACUAUAAUAUAUUAUGUCUGCUGCAGAGAGACGAGAGCGCCAUGAGAAAAUGAGUUUUGAUCAGUCAUGGAAAAAAGUGCUGAAAACAUGUUGGCUCACUAUUUAAAAACAAGAUGGAGAACAAGCUAUAGUGGCUGUACCUGUACCCGAUACUUGGAGUCCAAGUAUUGAUAUAAUAUCGUCCAAAAUAAUAUUGCGAUAUGUAACUAUCGAUUUCCCUCCCCCCAUCACUACUCUUUUGUAAGAUGUGUUUACUUGGAGAGGGUGUUCCUAGGGUUCAUGUGAUCUGGGACUUGCUUAGCAACAUCCAUGCCGAAACGAGUUUGAGUAUGGUCUCCCAAAGAUUUGAGCAGACAAGACGUAGCAGACAGGACGAUGUAGGCUAGAUCAAGUGUCAACAGCAUGCUCUGAGACGCCCCCCCACAAACACACCUUUCACAUGCCACAGACAGACCGACCCAGAUUCUCCCCAUGCUCACACACACUCACACAUGCCAGACACUCUCCCCACAGUCUAUCUGCUCAGAUCGAGAGCUGAGCCGGGCCAGGCAGGACUUUUCAGACAGCUGUUUGUUAGCUGUGGCGUGACGGAGCAGUAAGCAGCACCCAGCCAGUCUGGCCUGUCUGUCUCAGCGGUGAAAGAGGAGGAGGUCGUUAUUUUAGGCUCUCAGACACUGUCACCGGUCAUAGGACUAGUCUGGACACUGUCUCCCAGACAGCACACUUAGCUGCCACAAAGCACUACUCUUGGGACACCUUACCACAGAACAGGAGAACCAGCGAUGUACACAAACGGACUCUGCAGUGUUUGAAAUAGCGGCUAAAGUGUUCCUGUGUUGUUGUUUUUUACAGAGCUCUCUGAGCCUGAGGUGGGCCAGUAUGACAUCCAGGCGCUCUCAGAGGCCCUGAUGGGAUUCCUGCAGGACCUGCCCUCCCCCAUCAUCCCAGAGUCUGUCUAUCCCAGCCUAAAGACUGCCCUGCAAGAGGAAGCAGGUAACGGCAUCUUUAGCACUCACGUGCUUCUUAAUGUAUCUUAUUAAAAACUGAUGCAAGGGAUUCCAGGAGCAUAUUCUAUGAACAAAGCAAAACAAAUAAAAAAGGCCAUAAUUGAAGCACACUAUCAGGUGACUGUUGAAAGAAUUGUGUAUAUUUUGGAAUCGGCUUAGAAAUGCAAAGCAAAAUGUGAAUUUGGCAUUAGAUAGAAAAUAAUGUUGCCGAUUUACCAUUGUGUCUCAAACCCAAGGCACUAAGGUUGUCACUCAGUCUCCUUGCUGGUUCUUAUUUCCCAGAGCUGUCUGUCGAGGAGACAGGCAGGCGUUUGCUGAAGGCACUGGCGCCCCCGGCCAUGCCCCUGCCGAGCCUACUCACCCUGCAGUACCUGCUCAGACACCUGGACCGAGUGGGCCAGAGCUCGGCCCACAAUGGCCUGGACCCACACACACUCGCACUCCUCUUCAGCCCUCUGCUGCUCACCGCUGGGUCAGUCUCACAUUUAAAGAAAUACCUAUGUUGGUAUGGGGGGGGCUGAGAGAUUAGUUUUUACCUAAACUCAAAUGCACAUAUCUUAAAAGGGGGAAUAAAAUAAAAUAAAAACCUCCCAUCUUCAUAAGUGGCAGACACAGAGGGAGAGGGAAAUACUAACCAGCCAAUAGACACAGAAAGAGAGGGAGAGAGAAAUACUGGCCAGCCAAUAGACACAGGGAGAGGGAGAGAGAAAUACUGGCCAGCCAACAGUGAGAGAUAUGAAGAGAAUGCUUCAACAUGACCACCAUCCUCUUGAGUUCAUGCUGUUGUAAGUCUGCAAAGUGUCUGGCUGUAGGAAUGGUCUGCAGGUUGAGCCAGCUUGAGAUAGAAGCCAUGACAUGUCUGUUUUCCUGGAAGGACACUAUUCUCUGAAGUCAGCAGAAUAUACAGUACGUCCACUCAGCACCUCUCCAAUGUCCCACAUGUUAGUUACUGAAGUGUUAUUAAGGCACCUCUCCCUGCUGUAAUGUUGUAAAAUAUGACCACCCUCCUCAUCCCGUUGAAUCACUCUUUCCACCGUACUCUGAAUGACUGACGUAUGAGUGCAUUGAUUUUUGUACAGGUCAGAAGAAGAUCGUCAGGUUUCUGCCCAGGUGCUGGAGAGACUGCUGGUGGCGAGGGCCUGGGAGCUGGAAGAAAUGCCACCAGGUAAACACAAAUCAAAUCACAUUUUAUUUGUCACAUGCGCCGAAUACAACAGGUGUAGACCUUACCGUGAAAUGCUUACUUACAAGCCCUUAACCAACAAUGCAGUUUUAAGAAAAGAGUUAAGAAAAUAUUUACUAAAUAAACGAAAGUUUAAAAAUAACUAAAAAAGUAACACAAUAAAAUAACAAUAAUGAGGCUAUAUAUACAAGCUCACAACAAUAUAUCACUCUCACUAAAAAACACACAUCUUUACCUCCUGGGUCCAUUUUUAAUGGAUGUCCCACUGUAUUGGGACACCACCACCUAUUGGUCCCUUUGACAGCCCUACCUCCCAAGCCUUCCAAAACCAAAGCCAUGGCAUCCUCUGUGAUCAAUGGAGAAGGCAGCAAGAUGGCUGAUGCAGAGUGGUACUGGGGAGACAUUUCCAGGUAAAAUUUAUCUGGCUAAAGAAUGGAUCCAGUGUUAAUGUCCACACUUGGUUAUUUACAGUUGAGACCACAAUCUUCUGUUUCAAGAAGAAAAGAUUGUCACUCAUCUUACUCACCCAGCUUUAAUGACGUAAUCAUGAUAUUUUUUUCCAGAGAGGAGGUGAAUGAGAAGAUGAGAGACACUCCGGAUGGGACUUUCUUGGUCCGAGACGCCUCAAGCAAGGUGCAAGGAGAAUACACAUUGACUCUCAGGUAAGGGUAUCGAUAAUAAAGUCUGUCUAAAAGAGACUACACUGCUCAAAAAAAUAAAGGCAACACUAAAAUAACACAUCCUAGAUCUGAAUGAAUGAAAUAAUCUUAUGAAAUACUUUUUUCUUUACAUAGUUGAAUGUGCUGACAACAAAAUCACACACAAAUUAUCAAUGGAAAUCAAAUUUAUCAACCCAUGGAGGUCUGGAUUUGGAGUCACCCUCAAAAUUAAAGUGGAAAACCACACUACAGGCUGAUCCAACUUUGAUGUAAUGUCCUUAAAACAAGUCAAAAUGAGGCUCAGUAGUGUGUGUGGCCUCCACGUGCCUGUAUGACCUCCCUACAACGCCUGGGCAUGCUCCUGAUGAGGUGGCGGAUGGUCUCCUGAGGGAUCUCCUCCCAGACCUGGACUAAAGCAUCUGCCAACUCCUGGACAGACUGUGGUGCAACGUGGCGUUGGUGGAUGGAGCGAGACAUGAUGUCCCAGAUGUGCUCAAUUGGAUUCAGGUCUGGGGAACGGGCGGGCCAGUCCAUAGCAUCAAUGCCUUCCUCUUGCAGUAACUGCUGACACACUCCAGCCACAUGAGGUCUAGCAUUGUCUUGCAUUAGGAGGAACCCAGGGCCAACCGCACCAGCAUAUGGUCUCACAAGGGGUCUGAGGAUCUCAUCUCGGUACCUAAUGGCAGUCAGGCUACCUCUGGCAAGCACAUGGAGGCCCCCCAAAGAAAUGCCACCCCACACCAUGACUGACCCACCGCCAAACCGGUCAUGCUGGAGGAUGUUGCAGGCAGCAGAACGUUCUCCACGGCGUCUCUAGACUCUGUCACGUCUGUCACAUGUGCUCAGUGUGAACCUGCUUUCAUCUGUGAAGAGCACAGGGCGCCAGUGGCGAAUUUGCCAAUCUUGGUGUUCUCUGGCAAAUGCCAAACGUCCUGCACGGUGUUGGGCUGUAAGCACAACCCCCACCUGUGGACGUCGGGCCCUCAUACCACCCUCAUGGAGUCUGUUUCUGACCGUUUGAGCAGACACAUGCACAUUUGUGGCCUGCUGGAGGUCAUUUUGCAGGGCUCUGGCAGUGCUCCUCCUACUCCUCCUUGCACAAAGGCGGAGGUAGCAGUCCUGCUGCUGGGUUGUUGCACUCCUACGGCCUCCUCCAUGUCUCCUGAUGUACUGGCCUGUCUCCUGGUAGCGCCUCCAUGCUCUGGACACUACGCUGACAGACACAGCAAACCUUCUUGCCACAGCUCGCAUUGAUGUGCCAUCCUGGUUGAGCUGCACUACCUGAGCCACUUGUGUGAGUUGUAGACUCCGUCUCAUGCUACCACUAGAGUGAAAGCACCGCCAGCAUUCAAAAGUGACCAAAACAUCAGCCAGGAAGCAUAGGAACUGAGAAGUGGUCUGUGGUCCUAUUUGUAAGUCGCUCUGGAUAAGAGCGUCUGCUAAAUAACGUAAAUGUAAAUGGUCACCACCUGCAAAACCAGUCCUUUAUUGGGGGUGUCUUGCUAAUUGCCUAUAAUUUCCACCUGUUGUCUAUUCCAUUUGCACAACAGCAUGUGAAAUGUAUUGUCAAUCAGUGUUGCUUCCUAAGUGGACAGUUUGAUUUCACAGAAGUGUGAUUGACUUGGAGUUACAUUGUGUUGUUUAAGUGUUCCCUUUAUUUUUUUGAGCAGUGUAUUUUGUCUCUCUUAAAAUAAGCUUCAAGUAAUCCCUAGUCACUCGUUUCAAAUGCAAUGACAUUCCACCACUUUGGAUAGCUUCCAGACUUUCACAGAACCUCACUAACAUUGCUCAACUGCUCUGGACUUUUCUAGGAAAGGGGGAAACAACAAGCUGAUCAAGAUCUUCCACCGAGGCGGCAAGUACGGCUUCUCUGAGCCGCUGACCUUUUCCUCUGUGGCGGAGCUCAUCCUGCAUUAUCACCAGGAGUCGCUGGCCCAGUACAACCCCAAGCUGGACUCACGGCUACUGUACCCUGUCUCCAAAUAUCAGCAGGUAGUAGAUAUCAGCAGGUAGUAGAAUGAUUCUGUUAUUAUUGUAAUGUCUUAUGUAUCCUGUUCUGAAGGGCCUGAAUGUUGGUUUGGCUUCUGGGCCAGGUCUGGGCCUUAUGUCAAUGGGACUACUUGGUUUAUAAAUAGAGGUGAUAUAAGAGAAAAGUAAUGCAGCCUUCGAACAGCACCCCUACGCUUUCUGGAAGGCCCUACAUUUCUUAUGGCACAUGCGUUAAGGAAAAUCCCAAACCCAUGGCAUCCCCAAGAGCACUGCAAUAGCUUGUCUGAAAUGUUAUCAAACAAUUCUGUUUAAGCGAGGAGUUUGCUUGCUGCCCCUCUCUAUUUGAAAUACAUUGAGCCCACAUUGAGUGUUCUGUAGCUCAACAUCGUGCUGUGGUCAGUUAAUAUAUCUUUGUUAUUUCCAGGACCAGGUGGUGAAAGAAGACAACGUCGAAGCAGUAGGAGAGCAACUGAAGGUGUACCAUGAACAGUACCAGGAGAAGAGCCGGGAAUAUGACGUCUUGUAUGAAGACUACACUCGCACCUCUCAGGUACAUAUCCAACACACCCAUUUUCACUGUCCCAUUUGGGUCUGGGUUCCAUAGCACUUGAAAUUAGCUAAACCUCAUCUGUUUUCCCCGUACUCCAGGAGUUACAGAUGAAGCACACGGCCAUCGAGGCCUUCACCGAGACCAUCAAGAUCUUUGAGGAGCAGUGCGAGACCCAAGAGCGCUACAGCAAGGAGUACAUUGACAAGUUCCACAGGGAUGGCAACAGCCAAGAGAUUGAGAGGUAUCUACAUUGCCUGUUUUAGGAUAUUCCUGUUGUGAUACAGGCUUUGAACUAGCCCUCUGACUAUGAAGCCAGUAGUGAUCAUGACUAUGAAGUGGGGGACCUCCCAAUCUUGUCGCUCCACCUUAUAGAAUCCAAAGUAAUUCGGAUAAGCUGAAGUCUCGUGUGACUGAGAUCCAUGACAGCAAGCGGAAGCUGGAGCAGGACCUGAAGGAGCAGGCGGCGGACAACCGAGAGAUUGACAAGAAGAUGAACAGUCUGAAACCAGACCUCAUGCAGCUGAGGAAGAUCAGAGACCAGUACCUGAUGUAGGUUAUACCUUUCUCUCACAUACACACACUUUACAAUGCGAAACUGAAAUGUUUAGGAACAUGGCAGUCUAACCGUUUGCUUGUGUUAACGUCCCAGGUGGCUCAAUCAGAAGGGCACCAGACAGAAGAAGAUUAACGAGUGGCUGGGGAUCAAGAACGACGUGGAAGAGUGAGUUAAACCAAUGUGGCCGUCUGACAGUUGUAAUGUAUCACCAUGUUUUAUCAUGUCUUAUCGUGUAUCAUAUUGACACUGGUUUCAUCCCCUCUUCCCCUCCUCUCCCUCCCAGCCUGUAUUCUCUGAUGGAUGAGAUGGAUGACCUGCCGCACCACGACGAGCGCAACUGGUAUGUGGGCGACAUCAAGCGCGGCCAGGCCGAGGAGCUGCUGAGGGGCAAGGGUGACGGCACCUUCCUGAUCCGAGACAGCCAGUCCCAGAAGGGCUCCUAUGCCUGCUCUGUAGUGUGAGUACCAUUAGCCUGAUCUGGGGUCACAUAAUGAUUUGGGUUGAAAUACGACUAGACUGUUGGUUGGGGUUUAGCCAGGUUUGUCAGGUGUUUUCUGGACUCACCUGCCGAGAUGAUGCCUGAAAAUCUCAAAUGCAUGGGAAAUGUGGGGACUGUCUGAAAACAUGGUUGGCCAAUCUUAUCCGCAAAGAGCCGUUAAGCAUUAACACAACUGAGUCAGCUCAUCCAAACCUACGGGACUGAGGAACAUUUGGGAUUGAGGCAUAUAGCAGGAUCUUCAAAAUCGAUGGUGAGUAGGUCUUGAUGGUAGUCCACUUCUGAGGUCCGAAAACAUCUGACAAACUUUGAUUUUGUGGUGAAAUACCACUAUUUAUUUGUAUUUGUAUUAUAUUUCGGUGUGGUGUCUAACCAAAUGUUCUGUUCUUGACUUCACGUCUGUACAUGCAGUGUGGACGGGGACAUCAAGCACUGUGUGAUAUUCAAGACCUCAACGGGCUACGGGUUUGCCGAGCCCUACAACCUGUACGCUUCCCUUAGAGAGCUGGUGCUCCACUACAGACACACCUCCCUGGUCCAGCACAACGACUCGCUGAAUGUAACUCUGGCAUGUCCUGUCCUAACCCAGCAGCAACCCAGAUGAGACGCAACGUCACCCAGACACAGCCCGGCACAGGGCGAAAACACACAGAACUCAGAGACCACAAACCCUCACUUUUCCCAACAAAAAAGCAAAUGGCUUUCUGAGCGUUGGGUUUGACAGGAGUGGAAGUGGCAGAUAUAAUGACUGACUGGGUUUUGACUUUGAAGAGACCCUGUAAAUGUUAUUAGGAUAAAAAUAAUUAGACUAUCUUAAAGUAACUGCUGUAGAUUCCAUUUUCCCUUUCAAUGGAGGGAAUUAUUUUUAAAUCGACUUGUUAAGGGUGCCAUUCUUUUUUUCUACAGUUAAAGAGGCGUAAGGGUUUGACAUGGAGAACAAAAAUACCAAACAGCCUUUUUCGGUUUUCAUCAAGUGUUGCUCACAUUGUCCAUGGCUGGAUGAUUGGGAGAUGUGGUAAAAGGCUUAACUGGCAGUGUUUUAUUGCUUUACUUCAAGUUCAUAUUAAUACACAUUUUCUCCCACAGCACUAUGGGACACAUACAAAGAAAGCAUUCUGCUUUCUGUGUAAUCUUUGCUAUGUGCCCUAUUACAUAAAGCAGAACAUGUCUAGAGGACAAAAUACAGUACCAAUGUGUUAAACAAAAAGAUGCAUUUGUAUUUUUCUGCAAGCUUUUUUUUGUUGUUGACCUAUGUAAAACUGGGUUUAAAAUAGUUUGAGGUUGAUGAUAUUAGAGGCUGGUGUAGCUUGAGGACCCUAAUUGCUGUAACAGACAGUGGCAUGUAAUGUGAGCUGGAGUUGCAGUCCUUGAUGGUGGAACACUUGGUAGUGAAAGUGCCUUCUGUUCUAAUCCUCUGUCUUCCAUUCUCUCUCUGUAGAUCAGAGUCAGUGUAGAUGCCUUGCCCCAAUCAGAUGCCAAGUGUUUGUGUAUGAAACUAGAAAUCUGAAAUGGACCUUGCUAUUGAUUGCCUUAGAGCAAUCACUCACUAACUGUAAGUCGCUC